ACGAAGAAGAAGCGACGUGGGUGUCUGUUGAAGAUGAAGAAAGUGAACCAGAUGAAGAAGAGAUUGAAACCAGAAGAAGAUUACUUGAAGCUAGAGAAGUUGAGUUUACUUCUCCAUACAAAAAAUAGAAUCAAAAUUCAACUGGAACCCAGAGAUAACAACGAUAAAUCUACUAACGUAGUAAGAGGAAAAUCUAAUGGGAAUGAUGAGAAUGUUGUUUGUUGUUCUAUUUGCAUGAAUCCUUAUUCUUCUCUAGGCGAUCAUCAAGUCAGUUGUCUUCCUUGUGGACAUCUCUAUGGUUUCUCUUGCAUACAGAGAUGGAUUAAACAUUCUAAGCAAAGAUGUUCACAGCGUCCUAUUUGCAAGCAAAUGUGUGAGAUGAAGGAUGUGGUAAAGCUUUAUGUUUCAUGGCUACCUGUCGUGGAUAGAGUAAAACACGAGAAUUCUGUAUCUUUUCAGCCUCGAGAUGAUUUAUAUAAGGUGCACUUUGCUAAGUAUAAGGAAGAAUUGGCUGACAUUAAAAGGGAGGUGAUGGAAAAUACGAAAUGUUGUGAGAGAAUAGAAAGAACUAGCAUGCAAGAUGAGUACGUUGAAGAGAUGCGUAAAUCUUACGAACAGCAUCUCUGUGAGGUUGAAAAGCAGCUCAAUGAGACAAGAAAAGAUUUACAAAUGAUUGAGGAGCUGGGCCAAAGAGUGGCGUCAAUGAAUAGAGAAUUGGAGGAGCAGGAAAGAAAAAUCAAGGAGCAGAAAAAGGAAAUACAGGAGAUUAGACGAGAUGCUGUAGAGACAAUAUCUUGCCUUCGCAGGAAACUCAAGCAGCAAAAAAAUGAAUUAAAAGCGAAAGAUAUGGAGAUCAAGCAAUUGACAAAGGCCAUGAAGGAGGCAUAUCAUAAGCCAGAAAAGCAAAAAACAGGAAAAUGGAGCUGCUGGUGAAAGACGAUAGAGAGAUAUGAUUUGCAUAUUCAGCAAAUGGAGCCUUCACCUUGGCAUAUACCAAAUCAGAUGUAGUUUUAUUUUAAUAGUCUUGAUUUAAGUUCACUUCGGUUUAUGUCACUUGUAGAGAUGAGAGCAGUUCAUUCUUACUUUAUUUGUAUGAAAAUGAGUAAGAAAAA